AAUGGUACGUAUAUUUGGAGUGGGUUUAAUGUUUUAACGCUGGCGAAACUAGCUGUUUAGCAGACGACGAAGCGAGGUUGUUUUUUUCCCCCGUUUCCUGCAUGGCUAGUGGCUUGUUAUUACUCCACAUAUUAACAGUACGGGUUUGUCAAUCACGCCCUGGAACUGCUCGUUUUAAGGAACUACGGACCGGAAGUAUGGGAAGAUAUCAAGAGGGAGGCUCAACUGGACAUUGAAGGACAGUUCCUCGUUAGAAUCAUAUACGACGAUACCAAAACAUACGAUCUGGUUGCAGCUGCAAGCAAAGUUCUCAAAAUUGAUGCUGGAGACAUCCUACAGAUGUUUGGGAAGAUGUUCUUUGAGUUUUGCCAAGAGUCUGGAUACGACACCAUCUUGCGAGUGCUGGGCUCGAACGUCCGUGAAUUCCUUCAGAAUCUGGACGCCCUUCACGACCACCUGGGAACCAUCUAUCCAGGAAUGAGGGCUCCCUCUUUCCGUUGCACCGACGCAGAGAAGGGCAAGAAUCUUAUCCUUCACUACUACUCGGAAAGAGAAGGCCUGCAGGACAUUGUGAUUGGCAUCAUUAAAACGGUCGCACAGCAAAUACAUGGAACAGAGAUAGAGAUGAAGAUGAUCCAGCCGAAAAGCGAGGAGUGCGACCACAUCAAGUUCCUGAUCGAGGAGAAGGACUCAGAGGAAGAGGCCUUCUACGAGGACCUUGACGGCUUUGAGGAGAAUGGCACGCAGGAGACACGCAUCAGCCCGUAUACGUUUUGCAAGGCCUUUCCUUUCCACUUGAUGUUCGACAAAGAUCUGAUGCUCACGCAGUGCGGCAACGCCAUUUACCGAGUCCUGCCUCAGCUCCAGCCCGGCGCCUGCAUCCUCCCUUCGGUGUUUUCCCUGGUCCGCCCGCACAUUGACUUCGGCUACCACGGCAUUCUUUCCCACAUCAACACUGUCUUCGUCCUGCGAAGCAAGGAGGGCCUGCUAAAUGUGGAGACUGUGGAGAAUGAGGACGAGCUGACGGGGGUGGAAAUAAGCUGCCUGAGGUUGAAAGGACAGAUGAUUUAUUUGCCCGAAGCGGAAAACAUCCUUUUCCUUUGCUCGCCCAGUGUGAUGAACCUGGACGAUCUGACACGAAGAGGCCUGUACCUGAGUGACAUUCCGCUCCACGAUGCCACGCGGGACCUGGUGCUGCUGGGCGAGCAGUUUCGUGAGGAGUACAAGCUGACUCAGGAGCUGGAGAUCCUAACCGACCGCCUGCAGCAUACACUCCGGGCCCUGGAGGAUGAGAAGAAGAAGACAGACAGAUUGCUCUACUCCGUCCUGCCGCAAUCUGUUGCCAACGAGCUGCGACACAAGCGUCCUGUACCGGCGAAGCGCUACGAUAAUGUCACCAUCCUCUUCAGCGGCAUCGUGGGCUUCAAUGUCUUCUGCAGCAAGCACGCCUCUGCUGAGGGAGCCAUCAAGAUAGUCAACCUGCUCAAUGAUGUUUACACCCGCUUCGACAUCUUGACAGACACUCGGAAGAACCCCUAUGUAUACAAGGUAGAGACGGUGGGUGACAAAUACAUGACGGUGAGCGGUCUGCCGGAGCCGUGCACACAUCACGCCAAGUCCAUCUGCCACCUGGCCCUCGACAUGAUGGAGAUCGCUGGACAAGUCAAAGUAGAUGAGGAGCCCGUACAGAUUACGAUCGGGAUCCAUACGGGUGAGGUGGUGACAGGGGUGAUUGGCCAGAGGAUGCCGCGCUAUUGCCUGUUUGGAAACACGGUCAACCUCACGAGUCGCACCGAAACCACAGGCGAAAAGGGCAAGAUCAACGUUUCAGAAUACACUUACAGAUGUCUGCAGUCCGCUGAGAACGCAGACCCGCAGUUCCACUUGGCGUAUCGCGGCCCCGUCACCAUGAAGGGAAAGAAGGAGCCCAUGAAGGUGUGGUUCUUGUCCAGGAGGUCCACUGACACGCCAUAAGUCCCCUCACCACACGAAUAAAAUGAAAUACCAUGGUUUUGAUAUGAUGCAAAAAACAUUUUCAUGAAACGGUGCCAUUGUGCUCUGCCACACCAUAAUAUAUACAUGUAUAUACAUAUAUAUUUUUUUUAGCAUACAGUGUGUCAUGACCAGUGUAGGGUAGUAUUUGUUAAUGAUAACUGUUGUAUUUGUAACGCACUUUUCAUAGAUAAAAUGCACAUAAUCCCAUAUAAAAAAGAUUUAACAAUUACAAAUGCAUAGAUAAAAAUAUAUAAUUUUUUGCAGGUUUGUGUGAAAUGGUACAAAUUUAAAGUUAAUAUUUCGUAAUAUUGCUUAAUUUAGCUAACAAGUGAAUUGUUCACGUACCUGAAAGGACUUUAUGUUUAAGAUUGAGUACGGUACUAUUCCUUUUGACGUGUGUACUCUACUGUGUACUAUUGUACUCACCUGCCAAAAUAUUAGCAAGUCAAAUUACAAUGAGCCAGUAUAAAAAGUAAAAACCUUUUAGUCGCAGUGAAUUAUUUCAAGAAAUAAUUCCUACAUUUCUUCACAAUUUUGAUGAUUACGGUAUAUCGAAGUUUCAUGCUGCCCAUUCCGAUACCGAUCAUGCAUGAGUGAGAAGGGUCGAUACCAACACGGAUCACAUGUAUUAACUGUAAAUGUUUCAAUGUUUUUAUAGUGAGUGCUAUUGACAGUACAACAAUAUCAACACAAUAUUUAAACUGCUUCCUUAUUCUUUUUUUAUUACAUGUAAUUGUUUGAGCAAAACAAGGUCAUUAGUACACAAUAACUAAAGUAAGUACGAGUACUAUCUACUCAUUUAAGAUCCUUUGAUUUUUGCUCACAAAGUCCCCUUUGUGAGUUUGUAAACAUGAACAAAAAUAGCAAAAAAUGAUUGAGAUAAUACAAAUAUUGACCUAAUGACUAUAGUAUUGAUCAGCAGGCCUGAGCCGAUAACAAAAAAAUGUUGACGAUAUUAUUGCCAUUAUUUUUUUGAGACCAAAUUAACCACUGAUGUAAUGACAAUAAAAAUAAAUAGAAGUAUACCAUUUCAAAUUUCCUGUAUAUUUUAACAUUGUUAUUGAAAUGUAAACUUUGAAAUACCAAGUUAAAACAAACAAUAAAAUAUAAAAUAUACUCUGUAAGCAAAAUUUUGCACUUGAAGAAAAAUCACAACCAAAAUGAAUAAAAUAGGUUCUGUCUCUGUUAAGAAGGGGGUGUGGGGACCCUCAAAUAUACACAACCAAAACAAUAAAUACAAUGGUUCAAGUAAUGUUGACCAAAAUUACCACGGUUAGCAUUAUUAUCUUGGUAUUGUUAUAUGUGCUCAAAAAGUGCUCAUACACACUUAAAUUGUAUUUAAGUUGUAUUUUUUUAUAAUAACCAAAAUAAAUAGACACAAAAUACUUUAUUGGCACAGGAAACAUCAAAUAUUGCUAUGGCUUCAUAAGAACCAUAUUAUUUUUAUGUGCGUUUGAAUAUAUUGAUAUUUUAUAGAGAUGUCCGACAAUAUCGGAAUGCCGAUAUUAUCGUCCGAUAACUGCUUUAAAAUGUAAUAUCGGAAAUUAUCGGUAUCGUUUUUUUUAUUAUCGGUAUCGUUUUUUAAAAAUGUUUUUUAAUUUUUUUAUUAAAUCAACAUAAAAAAACACAAGAUACACUUACAAUUAUUGCACCAACCCAAAAAACCUCCCUCCCCCAUUUACACUCAUUCACACAAAAGGGUUGUUUCUUUCUGUUAUUAAUAUUCUGGUUCCUACAUUAUAUAUCAAUAUAUAUCAAUACAGUCUGCAAGGGAUACAGUCCGUAAGCACACAUGAUUGUGCGUGCUGCUGGUCCACUAAUAGUACUAACCUUUAACAGUUAAUUUGACUCAUUUUCAUUAAUUACUAGUUUCUAUGUAACUGUUUUUAUAUUGUUUUAUUUUCUUUUUUAUUCAAGAAAAUGUUUAUUUAUUUAUCUUAUUUUAAAAAAUGACCUUAUCUUCACCAUACCUGGUUGUACAAAUUAGGCAUAAUAAUGUGUUAAUUCCACGACUGUAUAUAUCGGUAUCGGUUGAUAUCGGUAUCGGUAAUUAAAGAGUUGGACAAUAUCGGAAUAUCGGAUAUCGGCAAAACGCCAUUAUCGGACAUCCCUAAUUAAUAUAGUGUCAACCAGAGGGGAUCUGCGUUUGUGAUAGGCAGUAAAACUCUUUCUUUUUUU